UUCCAUGGACAUGGCUUGCUACCCGGAACCAGUUUAGGAGUUUAAGAAUGGAUUUGGUUAACCUGGUCUAUCUUUCCUCGGGUAUUUUAAUGUUAUGGAUGCUCUCCAGGGCUCUCUUGGUGGUCUGGUGGAAUCCUCUAAGGAUCCAAAAGCAUUUCCUCGACCAGGGAAUCAGAGGCCCCGGGUACAAGCCCCUGUUUGGGAACCUCAGGGAGAUAGCCCAAAUCCAUCGCCAGGUUAAACGUUCACCACCUCUGCCACCGCCGAGUGAGAACAAAUCCCACCACUACAUGGCUGAACGCAUCUUCCCCUACGUUCCCUUUUGGAGCAUAAAAUAUGGAAAGAACUUCUUAUUGUGGAUUGGCCCUUCCCCUUUUCUAGUGGUCACAGAUCCUGAGCUUAUCAAAAGAAUGUUUAAUGAUCCAUACCACUACUUCAUAACAGCAAACCCUGCACUCCAUCGGGCACUAGGUCAAAGUUUACCCUUGAGCGAAGGUGAUGAAUGGGCCAACAAGAGAAGACUUCUUAAUCCGCUUUUUAACAUGGAAGCCCUCAAGGAUAUGUCACAGAUUAUUGCAAAAGCAACAACCAAGAUGGUAGACAGGUGGUCCAAAUUCAUCAAACUAAAUGAUUGGGAAGUUGACGUGCAGCAUGAAUUUGAAGAACUCGCACAAAAUAUUGCUGCCAUUAUUAUAUUUGGAAAGAGUGCUGAGUUAGGCAAGCGAGUAGGCCAUUUGCAGAUGAAACUACAAGAUGUGACCUCUAAAGUAUUGAGGGUUGCUUAUAUCCCCGGUUCAAGGUUUAUCCCUAAUCCCUUAACUUCCAAGUGCGUUUGGUUGAGAAAAGAGGCAGACAAAUUAAUCAAAGAGCUGAUCAAGAGCCGCUAUUCGAGCAAGGAUGAGCAGGAAAAUGACUUUCUUGGGUUUUUACUCUCGUCAACCCUGACUCAAAAGCAGAUUGAGGAUGAAUGCAAGGUCUUCUCUACUGCUGGUUAUGAGACCAUAUCCAUUGCGUUGUCCUGGGCUUUCAUACUCUUGGGUACACAUACUGAAUGGCAAGACAAAGCACGAGAGGAAAUUGAUGAAGUGCUCAAAGGGAAUCAACCCUCGUUCGAAAUUCUAGGUCGACUUAAAAUG